AUGGAGCUCUACCUUUUUCUGUUGCUUCUCAGUUUUGUAUCCUGUGCGAGCAGUGAGCCUAAUGACUCCAUGAUCACUCAAGCUCCCGAUUUCAUUGGAUGGAUUCGGCAAGGGGCAGGUUAUGAGGUCGCAAUUUGCGAAAAGGGAGUAUUCACCUCAUCGAGGUAUUGGGCGGCUUGCAUCGACACGGACCAGCCAGCUCUGCCUACUCGGUGCCGAGAUGGCUCUGUCUUGAUCUUUCCGACCACAACAGCCAUAUGUCCCACGACCGCUAUUUGCCGGACUGAUUGGUUCUUUAAUGAUCCGGCAGAUACAGCUGCCCGCACCAUGAUCGGCUGUGUCACAGGCACACGAACAUUGUACCAUUAUAGAACAACUACUGUGCCAACCAUUACAAGCUCCUCCGCGCCAGAAUCUAGCGGAGUGUCAGCGUCGGCGUCAGCUUCAACCUCAAGCUUGCCGCCAGUGACCCCCCGUGACCUUGCAUGGAUUGCAGGGCCUAUUGUUGGCGGUCUUGCUGGGAUUACACUGAUCAUUCUACUCGUUUGGUUUUUGAUGAGGCGUAAGAACAGAUAUAAGAAUCAUCCCGCCUCUGCGAUGCCAGAAACCCCUGACUCGGAGGCGAGGCCGGAGAAAACACCCGUGAUUACGUCCGUCCCGGGCUCGUUGAAACGAAAUCCAACUAGGAGAGUAGAGCUCCCGGGGCGCUCUUCGUCUUUGCGUAGCGUUCCUUAG